UCAUCGCUUUUGGCAAAAUACUAGCCUACAUUCGGAGCACAUACACAUGAGCUCGUUUAUGGGUGAAUACAUUUUGCUAUAGUGAUUAGCAGGCGUUUUCUCACUUGUACGUGUAGGAGGCGCCAUAACGUAAGCUGUGUGCCUAUGCACGUUCACACGCUUCUAUCUAUUGUGUUUUUUCGGCUCUAUCAGCCAUGACGGAAGUUGAUCGUACUUCAAAGUCGUAUGCAUCAUCUUCUGCGGCUGCCUUGGAUCGCAUGUUGAUACUUCGCGGCGCUGCCUUGCAGUCAUUAGUCGCGCUUUGUGAACGCAACACUUUAUCUACCUACAACAAAAGAUAUGCAUUCAAUCGUCUAAAAGUUAAUGCUUUCGGUUCACAAGCGCAUGUUGGCGUUCCUGAAGAUGGAACUUCACUGCGUUUUUCUCAGGGGCAACUAAGGUUGCUUCGUCAGGAGCAGCUGAUGUUGAUGGCUGAGAACGAGCGUUUGGUAUACGAGCUUCAAGAGGUGCGCCGAUGCCGAUCCUCUGGACAAUUUCGUCCAAGUCAACCUCGUUCCAUACCCGAGUUCCGUGAGUCAAAGCUCUCAAAGGCUAUUGACAUGACUCUCUCUGGCGGUCGUGACAGUCGUUUGAGUGCUGCGCGCAUUGGGUUUCUAUCUGCUAUAAUCAGCCGUUUGCGGUAUAAGGUGCUCGGUGCUGCGCUGCGGGCUCUGUUUCGUAAUUCCCUGAGGUCUGUGCGGUCAGGUCCCUCCCACACGUCUGUGUACUACAGCAGGGACCAGAUGCGCACGCCGUGUAUGGUCAUGGAAAACAUUAUACGUUCCAUGGUGCACCGUACCAAGCGUAUGACCCUGUAUAUGUUAAAGCGGGUUGCUUCCGAUAGGGCAAUGCCACCGCGUAGGUCAGUUGGGUUCUCUGACGCCACUAGACCGUGCGUUGGCUUGCCUCAAGGCGAUUCGCGUCCAUCAGUUGACAUGACAAGUUUGUAUAUGCCAGGUCCUCAUACAAGCUACCAGCAGCAGCUUCCAAGCGUCCGCCGGUACUUAAACUGAGUG